AACGAGUGUUACAAUUCGAAAACAACUUUACUCAAUUCAAUACGACGCGAAACGAGAAUCGGCAGCAAAAUUUUUAGACCGCUUUGAGGAAAAUAUUUUAGAUUAUGAAAAUGCCCCGGUUCGACUUUAUUAUCCGACGAAGAAAAACGAGAUGCCCUAUUUAAUGCAAUCAUGAACCAACUGCCUGAAAUUCAGUCUGUUGAGUUCAUGACAAAAAAUCAAACCGGUAAGGGACUAAAUUUUGAUGCUUUAAAAUUAUUUAUUAUUCAGGCCGAAGCAAAUCGCGCACAGGCAACGACGAAGAAUCACCCGAGUUCGAAACCCUCAGCCCAAGCGUCAGUUCAGUUUACCAACUCGAACCAACGCAAAUGGAUUAAUGAGAGGUGCUACGAAUGCGACGAGUAUAUUCACCUCAAAAACGAAUGUCCUUUAAAAGGACAAGGUCUACGUAAAUGUUACGAAUGCCAAAAAUUCACGACGCACAAGGCUUUCGAGUGCGAGAAACGACUGGCCAAAACCAAAACCAGAGGCAGAGGUAUGACUGUUGAAGGUUUCGACAAUUAAUGAAUAGAGGAACAGACAUUGAUUGACAGCUGGGAAUAAUCGAGACUGACAACUGUGCCAAUUAUUGAUCCGAGCCAAAAAAACGAUCUGAUAAAGAUACGCCAGUAUUUUGAGAAAAGCUGUGAUCCUACUGAAUUUAAGGAUUUUUUGUUUUUGUACUUUUAUAGCAUUUGACUAAAUAUUUUUGUACUGUUUGAUUAAUUAGUUUUAAGAAUUUCUCUAUUAAAUAAUUAUAAGAGUCAAUCUCGGGGGGAGUGUUAAAUUUGAAUGUUCGCGGUAUGCUUUACUCGAUUGACUCUAGCGGUUAUGAGUCCGAGUUACACCAGUAUGCGCACGCACUCCCUCAUCUCCUUUACUUCCGUUUUAUACUUUUCGACCGUCAAGACGUGGAUCGUAUCGA